AUGGAGGUGAAGUUGGUUAUAAACUGGUUUGAUCUAUUGCAGUCAACGUCCCUUGAGAUAUCAAGACUGGAUGAAUGGAAACAGCGCUUCAGGAAUCGCUUCGAUGUAUCAUCCUUCUAUCUAGCUAAUACAUUUUACAAUGCUAUGUUUUACUGUUAUAAUACCAUGUUUUAA